CUCAACCCCCUAACACAAGAUGGCGUCCAUGAUUUUCUACAAUUUCUCGCAGACUGCGAAACAUCUGGUUUGAAUUUCGUCGACUUUGGGAUUCAGCAAGUCGAGCAUCGCUGCCUCGCGAGAAUAAACGAGAUUCAUCUUCAAGGGAGACAACUCGACGUCGUUCAUGGUCACGUGGUAGGCACGCUUAAAACCAAUAGUCCGGAGCUGGAACGCAAUCUCAUCGAGGAGCACCCGGCGUUGGUGUUGAUCGAGUUCGGGCGACUGAUGGGCUUCCGGGUGACGGACCUGUUUAACUCCCUUGACAAGGACGGCAACCGAGUGCUCGACAGAGAGGAGAUACGAACAGGGCUGCGGCUGGCUAACAUACCGUUCAGUGAUGAAGGUAUAGACAUGCUGAUCAACAAGCUCGACAAGGACAAGAGCGGCCAGAUAGAGUACGACGAGUUGCUGAUGGCGAAUCAGGAGUACAAGAAGCACCACAAAGACAUGCUGUACGCGCAGAAAGGGGAAGGGGCCACGCGCGUGGAAGACACGCCCCUCUGGAGAAUCAGGACACGCCUACAGAAACUCAUGGCAGAGAAAAUGUCAGACUUCGCGUCAUUUAAACGUAUUACUGAACAAAUUGCAAAGCACAUCCAGACGGUCAACGACGAAAUCGAAGCGAAACGCGAGAAAAUCAGCCGCGAGAGGGCGCUGCGACCCCGCAAGGUCAAAUCAAGGCCGGUAUCGUCACAGCCCGUUGACAACAUACGUCCGGCGCCAAAACCCAACACCGACAAGAGAGACGACGGCGAAGGAUCCGACGAGGAACUAAAAAUAGCCGCGAUGGAGUCUACGGAAAAUGUCGCCGUCGAUGAUGACCUAUCCGAGACGCCGCCAAUGCGUCAUUUGCCACCGCGUGCGCGUCAGAUGUCAAUUCAACUUCCGGUGCGUUUAGGCGCUUCCUCGCGAAAUACAAACACAAGUGACGAGGGUCGCAAAAGCGGCGACAUGACCCGCUUGAAAGAGGACAUUUAACUGGCUAAUACGUACUAGAUGUGUGUGGGGUUUUCAUGCAAGCAAUAGUAGUAUACAAGAAAUAAUAAAAUUUUAUCAUAUUCUGUUAUAAGCAAUAGUUAUGAUAUUUUCUUCAUUUUAAAGUUAACUAGUAUUUAACAUGUGUAAUAUUUAAACAUUACUUACUGUUCGUAUUAUAAAAGCGUCAUAUAAUAUUAUUCGUGUUUAAUUUAUUCUCAAAGAGACAUAUGUUUCAAUGUUGUUGUUUUUAUAAUUAAGUAAAAAAGUAACCUACAAUGUGGAACUGUUUAAUUCAUGAGAAUUUUGAAAGCUAAAGUAGUUUGCCAAAUUUCAAAUACAAAUAAGCCGCGCUCUGGGAAUACCGGGCUUAAAGCAUAAGUGUCGUCCGAGAUUAGUCUGUGCAGUCCGCAAAGGCUAAUCUGUCAUGAAACUAUGCCUAUACUAACAUUUCGUUGAGAAGAAACUUCUUGUGAACGAAAUACUCCAUAAAAGUGGAAAAUGUCGUCCUGUAUUAGCCUGGUUGGAGUGCACAUGCUAAUAUUGGACGAUACUUUACGCACAUGUCCGGAUUUUCAUGAGCGAGGCUCAAAUGUAGAACAUGUGUAUAAAACAGCAGGGCCGGAUCCAUUAUUUGUGGACUGUUUCAAUUUAUUUA